CUAUUCACUAUGGCCACAAUGUAAACAAUAUGGCGGAACCCAUCAAAUUAGUCAAACUUCUCAACAAAAACAACAAGUCUUUGUCCUUAUACUAAGAAACGUGAUUUUCCGUCAUCAAUUUGUUAGUUUUGUUGAAUAAAAAGAACAAUAUGUGAGCAGUCGCUGCCAACGUCGAUGUUUAGUUGCCUGUUAAAUUUCUCGUUUGUUUUCAAAAAAAGUAAAAAUAAUAAAUAUGACAGAAGUUCUGUAACUAAUGUGUUAAGAGUGUUGGAAGUUGUUGUAAUUUAGAAAACAAGUAGGAAGACCUCCACAACAACGUUCAAUAUGGCUUCAAAAGUAGGAGCUAACCAUGCAAAGAAAAGGGCGCAAACUACAAAGGACCGCGAAAAGCAUGCAUUCAGUAUAUUUGUAAAGCUGUUUACUGGAGAGAAAUUUCCCUUGAAAAACAUUUCAAAUGAAAUGAAGAUACAGGACCUUAAGACAUAUAUGGAGUUUGCAACUGGCGUUCCUGUUCAUAUGCAAAGAAUAAGCUAUUUAGAUGAUGGUGAACUUUUAGAUCAGACUGAUAUCCGGAGCAAUGAUAUUGUUCCUGGUGCAACACUUCAGAUGCAUGUUUGGCCAAUGUGGAAAGAACUCAUUGAAGCGUGUGCAACAAAUGAUGUAGAGUGGGUGUUUCGCCUUGGUGUUACCCAGCCCACAUCAUACCACACGCCAGGCAGUGAAUACAUGACAAAGAGAGCGCGUAAGGCUUGGUUACAGGAGAGAGCAUUCCUUGCUUUGUUUAUAGCAGCUCAUAGAGGACAUGAUAAACUAGUCAGAAGAUUAAUUGAAGCUGGAGCCGAUGUGAAUGCCUGUACACCAUUGGGUAGAACUCCAUUACAUGUGGCAGCCUCGCAAGGUCAUGGUCACAUUGUUGACCUACUUCUAGAAAAAGGUGCGGAUAUUGAUGCAGAGGAUGAGUCGGGUGCAACUGCACUUACUAUUGCUGCAAGGUUCGGACACAAAACCUGCGAGAGACACUUGUUUCUGUUUAGAUGGCAGGAGCGUGCAAAACGCACAAAGCCAAGUGCCGAACCACCCAAAAUGGCGCAUCAGUAUUUUGAUUCCUCAUUUCCUGUUUGGAAAAAAGGCGGCAGGUGUCAGAUUUAUUUCAUGAACAUUUUACCACCAGGCGAAUAUGAGGGAACAAGAUUUAACUCCCCUAAAAGACGGACAGAAUUAACAGAGGACGAAAUAGAGGAGCUUGAAGCUAUUGGUCGUGAUGGGAAAUUACCAGCUAUAAAGGAAGGAAAAAGACUGCGAGCAAAAAGUGUAAGAUUUUGUAUUGGUGACGUAAAUGGUGGCAGUCAACAUGUUGGACCAGCCCGACUUGGCAAGAGAGGAGGUGUCUCAUAUGAUCAGUGGCUGGGAAGAAAACUGUCAGCGGAACAAAAAAUCAUCAACAUAAAAAAGAGUGAACUUGAAAAGAAGAAGAUAGAGGAAGAUGAAAGAAAGCGCCAGGAGGCAGAAAAAAGUGAAUCCUAUGAGACGUGGCUGGCAAACAAAGAAACCGAGAAAGAACGUAAAACGGUGAAUCAACCUCCGCCGCAGAUAGUGCGACAGCCAGAGCCCGAACGUGAACCCAUGGAAAAACAGGCAGAAGCUCAGCAAGAUGGCUACCUACGUGAAUACUUACGAUCUCUUGAUGAAAGGAAGCGUGGCAAUAACUAUUUCUGUUAUGAAAACUGGCUUGAUGAAAAAGAAGAAAAAGUUCUUGGAAUACGUCGUCAAAAAACCACAUUCACUGUAUAAGUUGAGGACUACUUUCUAUAAUGGCAAUAACUGUUCAAAAUUGUAUCUAUAGGAGUUAUAUACCGACUGUUGCUUGAACUUAAACUUUCUCUAAACUUUUGAUUUCUUGUUCAUAAUUUUAAAGACAAAAUAUUCAGUAGUCUAUAAUUUUCAUGAUUGUUUCUGUUUCUGUUUUAAAUAAUUUCAUUAGGAAUAAGUCUACACAUUGCAUUUUCUACUUCAUGUGAAUCCUAAAACAGAAAAUCGAUUUGAAGUCUUCAUUUAGUAAAAUGUAGGUGAAAGGGACACUACUCUCAACUUUUACACCCAGUCUUUUAUUUAGUGGGUAAAAGUGAAAAAGAUAUAAUAAAAAAAAACACUUUUAUCUAUAAGCAGUUAAAACUUUUUUGAUUUACUUGAAAUACAUCGAGUAAACUGAAUAUUCAAAAUAUAUACCAGGCACAUCUAUUUCUGUUUAUGAUUAGGAUAUUUUUUAUGAAAUUCUUCAGUUUAUUUUGUAGCUGUUCCUUCACUGUUAAUUUUGCAAAAUUAACUGUGAAGGAGCAGCUAUAAAAUAAACUGGAGAAUUUCACAAAAUCCUAAUGCAUCACAGACCUGACAGACUAGAAAAAUAACACAAGAAGUAAAACUAAACGACAAUUGUUCAUAUUGUGCGACGGUUUGAAAAUGUUGCAAAUGUCUCACUCAUUUCAAAACACUUGUUCUUGUAUUUUAAUGGAUUCUCAACAAAAGGCAAUACCAUAUACCUCAAAAUAAACACCACUGGGAGGCAUUUAUUAUAGGGUUAUAUUUCCAAAAAAUAUUGCGUAUUUGAAUUCAGCUAUAAAGUAAAGUUUUUUUAACCUUACAGGUUCGCAUUUUAUCAAAAAUAAUGCUGAAAUUCAUUUAAUGAUUUAACCAUUUUGUUUAAUUUUGGUAGAGUAUAGAAUUUAUAGUGGGGAAUACAGGUUGUCAGUAAGUAUUUGUCAAAGGCUACAUUUACAAUUUCAGCCAUUUUUAUACGCCCGUUUCUGAAAGAGCAGGGUGUAUUAUGUGAACACCUGUGGCAGGCAGUCAGCGUCCAAAGCACGUCCGCUCUCUAAGUCAAACAGUUUUUAUACGAUCUUCACCAAACUUGGUGACAAUGUUUGUGGGCAUAAUAUCUCGGCCAAGUUGGAUAACACCCAAAUCGCCCCAGGCACUCUGGGAUUAUGGCCCUUGAAUUACUUGAUAAAAGUGCAAAUUUAGCCUUUUUCGCUCUCUGAGUCGAACAGUUUUCAUCCGAUCUUCACCAAACUUGCUGACAAUGUUUGUGGGCAUAGUAUCUUGGCCAAAUCGCCCCAGGCACUCUUCGAUUAUGGUCCUUACAUUAGGCCAAGUUCGAUGACGGGUGUAUUUUGUGACAGUCUGGCACUCUUGUUAACAGAUUUGGAGAUUACAUUUUUGCUAAAAAAGGUGAAAAAGAGUUGCUUUAAAAUAUUAUUAUUUCAUCAACAAAGGUAUUAGCACAUUGUCAAAUACUGAGUCAUUCUUCAUAAUUUAUGUAUAACUGAUAAUAAAUGAAUUUACAUCUUUGUUUGAGCACUUUUUCGUGCCUUUACUUGAGCACAUUUUCAUUCUUUUACAUAUUAUUCUGCAGCAUCGUCACACUUUGCACUGUAUUCAGUUUGUUAUUUGUAAGGAUAAUUUUGUGUAUUGGUUUUUAAUCUGUUUAUUUCUUAUAUUCAAAUAUAUUUAGGAAAUAGUUGUUA